AUGGCGAAUCGAGACGAAGAACAAUCAGAAACCCAAACAAUCACCACACUCCAUCACCAAACCAUACCUUCCGAGUUAACACAAGACGAGUUCACAUCACUAUCCGACUCAAUCGCCGAGUUCCACACAUACCAACUCGGUCCAGGCCGUUGCUCCUCUCUCUUAGCUCAACGAAUCAAAUCCCCACCCGAAACCGUCUGGUCCGUCGUCCGCCGCUUCGAUCGUCCCCAGAUUUACAAACACUUCAUCAAAAGCUGUUUCGUAGAACAAGGAUUCGAGAUGCGAGUGGGAUGCACGCGCGACGUGAACGUGAUCAGUGGUUUACCCGCGAACACAUCUAGAGAGAGACUAGAUCUGCUCGACGACGAUCGGAGAGUUACUGGGUUUAGUAUCACCGGAGGUGAACAUAGGCUGAGGAAUUACAAAUCGGUGACUACUGUUCAUAGAUUUGAGAGAGAAGAUCGGAUCUGGACGGUUGUGCUUGAAUCGUACGUUGUUGAUGUACCGGAAGGGAAUACGGAGGAGGAUACGAGAUUGUUUGCGGAUACUGUUGUUAGAUUGAAUCUACAGAAACUUGCGUCGGUUACUGAAGGUAUGAAUCGGAGCUCCGGUGACGACGGGAGAAGUUCACAGUGA